AAUUUAUUGAAUAGUUACAACGAAAGUAGGUCUCUAAUGACGCUCAGCGGUGGUGAUGAUGAGUCAAUGUUGAGAAUUCAGUGUUUAGCGAGAGCGUGAGAGAUAGAGAGAUAGAUAGAGAGAGAGAGAGAGAGAGAGAGAUAUCUGAAACUAGCGGAACUUGGAACAUCAAACAUGGAGUAGCGGUAAAAUGACAUUUACCUGAUUUUCAAUGCCAAUCAACAGAUUCAGUGCAGAAAGCCUAGAGAGAGGGAUAAAUGAACAAAAAAAAAACGACAUACACAAAACAAAAAGAGAGUUUGUACUUAGUGUGUGAGAUAGAAGAAAAGACACAUUUUUUUUAUAUUUAUAAGCGAUAAGUGUGGCCCAUGACACGUGAAUAAAUGUCAGAAAGAAUGAAAAAUGUAAUAAAUAUCGCCGCCAGAUUUGUUGGUGUCAUUUUGAACCGAGUUUGAUUGAAGAAAACAUAUUCUCUUGUUCUGGUGUUGUGUAUUCACUUGUCGCUCGUAUCUAUAGAAGUGUGUGAAGUUUUCGUGUUGCGCUGGAACAUUUUCUCCUGAUGUUGUUUGGUGUGUUCCACAUCUGUUUCGUCGGCGGUGUUCGAAUGACAUCAGUGAAUGUACAAUGAUGAUAGUUUCCUCUAAACGUAAUUUCAAAUCAAUUUCAAUAUGAAAAAUUAAAAGAAAAAAAAAAAAAAAAAUUACAAGCAAAAAAAAAACAACGACGCAUUCACGACCAUCACGAGCGUUAGCUACAAAUUUUCGAUUUAAUAUCUCUCUUUUGAAUCCACCGACAAAGUAAACAACAGAACAAAUAUCAAUGAAAUUAAUUCGCGUACUCUUUUUUCUUAAAUCAAACACAUAAUGUUAUAAGAAAACAAAACAAAUCGCGAGUCAAAUAAUUGAGUCAUAUCAACAAAACAGCAUACUCACUUGCGUAGCAAAUCGAUGCAAUUCAACGAUAAAGUGAUAAAUUAAAAAAGAAAUAACAACAGCAACAAAACGUUAUUGUAGUAAUAAAUUGAGAAUUAUAGCAUUUAGAUAGAAAAUAAGGAUAAAAUGUCAAGCGAUACAACAAACCAACGAAACAACGUUGAUUGGUCCAGAUAUGGUUUAGGCAAUGAAGAAUCUUACAACUAUUCGAAUCGCGUACGACCGAGAGGUAAUUCGACCGGGUUUGUUGAUCUCGGCAAUGAAUACCAAUAUGCAUCAGGUGGACAUCAAGCAUCAGGUGCGAAUGAGAUUUUUGCCGAAGUUCAAGGCGACAAACCAUGGUGGCGAACCAAUUUCUUUAUAUCACAACCCAUUUUAUUCGGCACUUGGGAUGGUGUAUUCACCUCCGUUUUGAUUAACAUUUUUGGCGUCAUUGUAUUCCUGCGAUCCGGUUUCAUUGUGGCACAUGCGGGCAUUUUCAAUGGCGUUUUGAUCAUUUUUGCCACCAUCAGUUUGGCUCUGAUCAGUGUACUGGCGGCUGUUGGUAUUUGUGAACGAUGUCGCGUCGAAAGUGGCGGCGUUUACUUUCUAAUUGCGCACACACUUGGCUCACGCUUUGGCGGUUCACUCGGUUUGUUAUAUUGUUUUGGACAAGCCGUUGGUUGUGCAUUGAAUGUGCUAGGUUUCGGUGAGUCGAUGGCUGGUCUCGUUGGUUUGGAAAAAAAUGUAUGGGCGAUCCGUGGAUUUGCUGCUGGUGCGGUGCUUUUGCUUGGUGUGAUCAAUGUGGCCGGUGUCAAAUGGGUUAUCAAGCUGCAGUUCCUACUGCUGUUGGUACUGCUGUGUGCUGGACUCAAUUUCAUGGUUGGCAGUUUCAUUGGCGAGGAUCCAAAAAAUGGUUUUACGGGAUGGAGUUUUGACAAUUUGGCAAACAAUUUCUGGUCAUCAUAUACAGAUGGAUAUACAUGGUUUCGAAUUUUUGGUAUAUUCUUUCCGACAAUCACCGGUGUCUUAUCUGGUAUUAAUAUGAGUGGUGACCUGCGUGCACCAUCCACCGAUAUUCCCAAUGGAACUUUGGCCGCUUUUGGCACAUCGACAUUCUUGUAUUUGGUAUUUGUACUAUUUUUGGGUGCAACAUGUGACCGUAAAUUUUUAUACACAGACUUUUUGAUUGCACAAAAAGUGUCAGCGUCAAGCAUUUUAUUGUUGGCUGGUGUUUAUGUGUCCAGUAUAUCUUCAUGCUUGGGUGCUAUGUAUGGAACGCCAAGAGUUUUGCAGAGUAUUGCAUUGGAAAACGUAAUUCCGGCCAUUGGAAUUUUGGGCAAAGGUCGCGGCCCAAACAAAGUGCCUCUAUAUGCAAUGGGGGUAGUAGCUACGGUUACGAUUGCAUUCAUCAUGGUGGGUGACAUUAAUUUCCUUGCGCCGAUUGUCACAAUGCCCUUCUUGUUAACAUAUGCAUGCAUCGAUUAUUGCUACUUUGCACUGGCACAAACCUUUGACAUCCAAACCAAACGUGAAGAGCGUUUUCGUAUUCAAGCGCAGAGUCCUUCGUACGAAAGUCGAAGAUAUGGUGCAGUUGUGAGCGAAAACGAUAAUGAUUUGGAUCAUUUGUUUCCCGAACGAACUCGUCAUAAGCUUGGAAACUCAAAUGUUCAAUCAAAUCACAAGGUGCCUUCAAGAAAUUCAAAUCUUCCGAACAAUAUCGAGUCAACAAGCGAUGAUAUUCAAAAUAGCGGCGAACAGCAUGGCUUAAAUGAUAGCGAUGGUGUUACAUUCCGUGGUGGUAAUCAAGAUUCAGUCAACAGCACAAAUGCGCAAGUUAAUGUUAACAAUGACGACGACGAACCGAUCGCACAGCCCAUCGCCCCCAUCCACUCGAAGACGAAAAAUUGGUAUUCAAACUAUUGUAACCGUUGGGUGUCACUAUUUGGUGCUAUUCUCAAGAUUGUCAUCAUGAUGUUGGUCAAUGUGUACUAUGGAGCCACAUGCAUCUUUUUGGUGUUUCUCACUUGGUUCUAUGUUGGUACGGCAAAUCCAGCAGUGAAGCCAGGUCUAGCAUCCGAGUUCCGCUUGAUUGUUUGGCUCAAGAGCCUUAUUAUCCGAUGCUUUGGAAAACGAUCCAAUGAAUUCGAACAAAUUGUGGUUACACCAUCGUGUCCCGGAGUUGAUUUACGUUCCGAUCAGAUGAACGAAGAAAAUGAAGAUUUUUCAUCACGACGCCGUUACCAUCAAACCUCCAUCAUUCAGGGUCAUUAUGUUGAUGACGUUUGAUAACAAUGAUGAUCUGAUGAACCCCUCACUUAUUAUCAUUCUGUAUAUUGUGUUAGAAUUUUGCAACUAAUACUGUACAUUUUUAUAUUGUAUUGUUAAGAAUCUUCUCUCAUUUUUUUUUGGGCAGCUAAAGCCAUGAACCAGAAAUUCUGAUUUUUAUUCGUGACACGAACAAAAAUUGUACUAUGCAAUUAAUUUAUUAAUGAUGAAAUCUACUAAUCGAAUCGUAAUGUUAACUGUUGUUUCAAUCAGAUAUAGAAGAAAAGAAACCAAGAAAAAUAAAACUGUAAUAAAGUCGGCAGCAUUUUUGUGACCAGAAA